CAAAUGUAGGGUGGUCGCCAUUACGAUGAGACUACCGAGCCAUUCUAUUAAACAAUUUGAGCAACGAUGGUAGUAUUUCUUCUUAAACAUGGAUGGAACUGCAUUGGGCUCGGGGAUUGUGUCUGAUCUACACUGUCAGGGACAUUUUUUUGAGACAGAGCGUUCAGUGAAUAGCUGAGGAGGCAGUGAAGAGAAGGUUGUCUGGCAAGAUCAGUGUUGUUUGUGCCCUGUUCUAGGCACGGAAGGCACUGAGGGAUAUCACGUGAUGCAGAUUUCUUGACGACAAACGCGAUAAGAACAGGACGUGACACUGGAGGUCCUGUUAGUGGCGAUCAACUUCGUCCACAUACAUCGAACACCAGUGGACAUCUGUUUAAAUGAUCAACUCCGGGCUUAUAUGUCUAGCCCACUGCCAUUGAGGCUAUGCUGUAUGGCUGCCAUGGCUCCCGCCCUUACGGAAGCAGCCACUCAAGCACGCAUUAGACUGCCCUCGUCCCCUACAGCAUCCCCCACAAAUACUGCUGUGAACGGGAGGGAGGGCAUCGAUCUGACACCAAGCAUCAGUGAUUGUCGAUCAAAUAGGGCACAAGGAAGUGGGGGCAAAGGUGACGUCUCCUUGGGCACAAAAAACUACAUUGGUCUAUCUAAAACUCAUCUUCAGAACGGAGGUGUAAGCUUGAAAUCCCAUUUCACACAGUUUGGGACAAAAUCCAAAGUGAACUUAGCCAAUCUUGGUGUUAUUUCCAAUCUCCCGAACAUUUAUAAACCAGACGGGCUCUUGGCAUUUACUAAGAAGAACGGCAAGUGUCACCACGGUGAUAGUCUUGUUGGUACCAUGAACCAACAGAAUACUGUAUCAAAUGUAAACAAAGUACCACUUACUUGUUCAGACUGUGACACCUCAAAUUCAUCUACUUCGAUCCCUCAAGCACAUUCUCACUUGAUUUCUACAGAAGGCAGAUCAAAUGGUUUGCAAGGUGUUGAACAUCGUUCAUCUUUAAGCAAUCUACGUGGAUCACAUAAUGGUAGGUGUGAAUCCGAUAAUACCAGCAUUGAUGAUUUCAGAGGAACUUCUGAGUUGCCUUCUGAAGAUGGUUUAAAAACGUUAAGUGAUCACAGUGUUGCAUCAGUGCAAGGUAAUGGCCACAUUGGGUCAGUACAACCUGAUAUGGUGCACGCACAUAACAUGUCUGUUGGUCGCUCUGUUUUGGAGCGUGGGAAGACACAGGUUCAACUUGAGCGCAGAGUGGAAUAUUUGAUGCGUAGGUUACGCCGUCUGCAAAGCAAGCAAGUCCAAAUUCAUGUUCGUCAGCAGAUGAGUGGUUUUACCGCCUAUCAGAAUGCUAAUGUACAGGAGUUAGUGAAAUCAGGUGGAGAUCAUGCUGAUGUGGCCCAGUUUGAGGAGACCAAGGCAGAUGUCUGGCAGGCUGAAGAUGUGAAGAAUCUGUCUACGGUUGCCCUUGUCAGUUUAGUGAAAAAACUACAGACAUCACAAAUGAAACCACCACCUAGUGUACCAAAGCCAGAACCUGUGAAUGUGUUACAUCUUGAAAAAGAAAUUUGUAUAGAAAGUGAACAGACUGCAAGCCAGCUGGAGUCCUAUAUUAGACAUGUUCAUGGUGCUGUGGAUUCUGAUGCAACAGAGAGUAGCUCAGGAGGGGAAAGUGCAGACGAACAGAAUCUUCUUCCUGAGAAAGAGAAGAAAAGUAGAGUUCCGUGUACACCCAUUCACAGAAGACCGGAAUGGAAAUGGGCAGUAGAUAGGGCGGGUGUUGCCAGCCGCUGGACGUGGCUUCAGGCACAAGUGUCAGACCUGGAGUAUCGUAUCCGUCAACAAAAUGACAUCUACCGACAAAUCCGUGCAAAUAAAGGAAUGGUGAUUUUAGGAGAUCCACCCUCUCCAGAAGACCUCAUGGCUAAAUCAAGAAUGAAUGGGAGACCUGGAAGAAGGUUGUCUCCCAUUGAGGCAAAGAUAGCUAGUAUUGAGAAGAAAAAUGAAAUGUCCCCAUGCAAUAUUUCCACUCUCCUCUGUAAUGUAGACAAACAGUCUUCAAAACUGGUCCAGUCCCUAGGAAAUUGUCUUUCACCGUCACCUGUAAAUAGUCCAUUGUCAAUAAAUGGGAAAGCCAAGCCAUCUGGAUCUCCUACCAGAUCGAUCAAUGGUUAUGUAGAUACAACAAAAAGUUCAGCUUCUGAUGGAAGUGAUGUAGAUAGUCCAGACAGCAGUGUUCAAAGAACUCAUGACCGUUUACGACACAAAGAACCAUUUGAAUUGACAGUGUCACCUGCCGUGGAUUCAUCUUGCCAGGCAGCCAGAUGUCGACCGGUUCAAAGUUACCGCAAGCGGAAGUUACUAAGAACAGCAGGGCUUCAGACGAACCGAAAAGCUGCUCGUCUUUCUAGUGUGAAAUGUCAGUGCUACCCACCCAUAACUGCAUGUGCUAUGUGUGGAGGAAGAUAUAAUGCUAUGCGAAAGCUGAACCCUCAUACAAUGCACACCCAGGAGAAAAUCUCUUUACUUGAUACCUCAACUCAUCCAAUAUUAUCUCUCCCUCAAGAUACUCCCUUACCCAUUCGACUAGAAGCUUUGUUGACUGCUGGGGAAUGGCAAAAUAAUAUUUCCAACAAGUCAAAGUUAACUGAGAGAAGAAGGAGUAAGAUGGGAUCUCAGUUGAAUGACCACUCAAGGAAAACAAAGCGCUAUGUCCGUGGUGUUCAAUUGCUCACAACAUCUAAAUACCGAAGGAAGCUGGACAAUAUUUCUCGACCAAGGAAGAGGGCGGCAUCUUUACCAACCACUCCAAGAAAGACCUCUGUAGAUGGCAGGAAAGCAUGCACAGCUGUCAAACGCAGGAGAGCGGCCAAACUUGCCAUAGCUGCAAUGAAGAGGCCAUACAGGUCCAACUCGAUGUCUGUCGCCAGUAGUCAAGCCAGCAGCGGCAGUGGCAGCAGGACCCCCACACCAUCUCCUCAGACCAAGGACGGAGUGCUCAACUCUAGCCACAUGUCUGCCACAUUCCGCGAGAUGAAGGAAGCUGCGUUAAGAAAGAAGCGGGUAGAGAGUGCCUAUGACAUUAACAAUAUAGUCAUUCCUUAUAGCAUGGCAGCAUCUACGCGAGUAACCCGGCUCAAGUACAAAGAGAUUGUCACGCCAAAGUGGCGUGACAUUACUGACCCAAACAGUGAGGAGCCAGAUCAGGAGAGUGGGCAUGAUAUGACGGGAGAGGAACAUCAGCCAACUCCCGCAGGUGAUGGGCCCCCCUUAGGGCUUCGUCCUGUAGCCACAGGUCCAGAAGAGGAAGAGGAUGAGGAGGUGGAGGAUUGCUCAGAUGAAUCAUUCAGUCAGCGGCAUAUGAAGUGUGAAGGGCAGGAGAAAAAACGGUUUAUGACAUUUGUCCAGUAUGGCCGACGAGUGAGAGGGUCACGGACCGAGAGUGGUGCCAACACGCCAGAUCCAUUGUCUCCUGAUGCAAGCCAGAGUGAAGGAGGGAAUUUUAUGGGGACAACUAGCAUGAGUGGUCCAAGUGUGCAAUCUGUGGAAGGAGUUAGCUCUAACACACCCACGUCAAGUUCUGCCACACCCACACCAAGCUCUAAACUGUUCACACCCAUCCCCGUGCGGGAAGGGCGUGAGAGUAAAGACAAUGGAUUCCGUAAACGAAGUGGCUCAAUGAGCCGAAGAUCUAUUUGUCUUGAGGACAGUUUGAACCUGGGCUUAUAUGAGGAGAUGGACUGGAAUGUGGCUGAUCCAUGGCCACUGCGAUCAUUCCCAUUGGAGGAGAGUGAAUAUGAGGCCAUGUUAGCUGAGCAACCCAGUGUGGAAGAGCUGAAGAAACAGGUGGUGGAAGAAACGGCUAAGACACUGAUGGCAGCUCCACUAACAGGUGGUAUGGUGUCUGUGAGCAGGUCCAGCUCCCCUGCCCCCAGUACCUCCACCUCCCUGUCUGAGGAAGAUCCCAAUGACCCUGAGUGGACAGUUCAGUGCCAGACCCAGCAAGGCCCUACAGGCCUGAGUUAGACGACAAUACACAAGCAUUCUGGCCGCUUUCAAGGACUUGCUUAUGGUUAUCAUUUGAUUUGUUCAUCAGUUGCAUGUUUUUGCACACCAUAUGUAUGAUUCGAGAUAUCUAGGCAUGUUGUACAUGUAAUUUGGCUUAAUUGCCGGUAAGUAAUGCUUUUAAUGUUUACCUGAUGUAUACAUCUGAUUGAUAUACUUGUAGGGAAAGGAAAGAUGUGUGAUGAAUUUCCUGAAGUGCUUAUAUUGACUGCAUUAUAUCUUGGGUGGAAGAAUUUUUCAGAAUGUGUUUAUUACAAUUUUAAAGGAAUUACAUCAAAUGUAAGUGGGGUUUGAUCAUCGUAACUGAACACUUUACAACAUAGGAAACAUCCUUACAGCAGCAAUGAUUAAUGUGUUUAACAUCAUGAAUAUAUGUGAGGAACUAGGCAUGCCACAAGGCCGUUAUUGUAUUGAUUUCUUGGAGCUGUAUAGAAGUGUAAUAUUCUCCUUGAAUUUUGGGACCGCUAGGUAUACUAGGUAGCUCUUCUUUGUGGUUCGUACACUUGUAAAUAGUUUGUAUAUAAAUACACAUGCAUUUAAAGGUUGGCUAUUUGGAUCUGUUCCCCUUGAUAGUAUACGCAGUGUCUAGCAUUUUCCUCAGCCCUUCACUUUUAUAUAUUAGUUUCAUCAUUGGUGUAUAUAAGGCUGUUCAUACCGUAAGAAUAUGCUAAACUGUAAAUAGCCAAGGACAACACAUUUGUGUUGGAAAAACUGUACAGCUGUGUGUCCAGAGAUAUUUUUACUCUCCUCGUUGAAGCUUGUACGUAAUGAUGUAGCUUUGUACCUUCUGCAAAAAAAGCCUCAUCGUUUGGGGAUGAUCUGUUUAUGGUAUACGUGUAGUCUAGUGCAAGUGGGAGUAAUUGUGUGGGUUAUGAAAGCCGAGUUCUGUUUUCCGAGUUAAAAUGAACAUUUGUUACUGGUGAUGCAUUGUUAUUUUUGGCUUAUUCCUCACCUAGUUAGUCCCUGGGUAACAUGUUUAUGGAAAUGAGUAAAAGAGCAAAAUAUCCCAAAACAACGUGCUUACAGCAUUCCCUAUGUGCUAUUGUUUACAGCUAUUUCAUGUGACGGUCUGUUUGUAUCUUUUGAUUCUGUUUCGUUUGAUCAGUUAUUAACAGUUAUUCUGUGAAUUCGUCUGAAAUAUAAAGAGGUCCACUUUGCACCAAUGAAGUAAAAGUGAGUUUUAAUUGUUUUCGUAAUUUACGUAACAGUGUAUGGUCCAUCACGGCCUUUAUGAAGAAUGGGGAUCAAAUUGGUCCUCAUUCAUACAGUUUUUGUUCCUGUAAUUUGUGGGCUUCUAUGCUGUCUUCGUUAGUGUUUUGCUGUUAAAUUGCUGCCCCUUGUUGCCCGUGGAUCUAGCACACUAGUGCAAUCAAAGGAAUUGCCGAAUAAAACACUUCAACACUUUA